CAUGAAUCUUUGAACAUAUCAGUUCCCACUGAGUAGUGUCUGCUAUAAGGUGGCUUGUUCAAGUACUCUAGUCAUGCCUCCAGAAGAACAAGCACAGCAACGGAAGCUUAUUUCGGAAAAAAGACGCUUACAGAACAGGCAAGCUCAGAGAAACUACAGAGAGAAACAAAAGAGACGAUUAGAAGCUCUCGAGGAUCUUGUUGAACGCCAGAUCCAUGAGUCCUGCAAGUUUGGCUCUUUAUCUGCUGAAAAGAAUCCGGACUCUUUUAAUUUCCAACAAGACUUCCUUAUGUCACCAGUACCAUUAUUGAAUGAAUCGUUUGAUGUUCUUGACGGAGAUGAAACAAAAUGGGAUCUGGAUUUUGACAGUAUUACUGGCGGCGGAAAUGAGAGUGGAGUUAAUCCUCUCCGGCCAUUCCAAUCCUUUUUGGACAAACCUGCACGAAGCCUCAACAUGAGAACUGACCUUUCACCUAAUAAUUCUCAUACACAAACUUUGGCUCGUCAAUCAAACUUACGGCCCACCGCAUUAGCCAAGUCGAGUGAUACUAUAUCCCUGCCGGGAACAACAACUGAUUCUCUAAACAGCUUUCUCUCUCUUUUCUUACUACAGAAUGACGCUCCUAUAAGUAUAAGAUUAGUGAAUCAGAUUGAGCAUAACAAAGUGACUUUGCAAGAUCUCAUUGGGUUAGGUCUUGGAGUGUUGGAAUCCGAUUUUUCGCAAGCAACUGGUUCUGAAGAUUCUGAAGACUCUGCCCAGUCCCAGGCCAAGUAUAACCUGAAAACUAAGAAUCACAUCCACUCAGAUCCGAUUCUCAGUCCGCCUCUUGGCACGAUCCGACUUACUCAAGUCUCAUUCUUAUCAGCCUGUCUCAGCAACGCCGCUAUGCUAGGCCUAACGCCAGCUACAACUUCAGACGAUGCCGAACCGCCAUUUUUUCAUGGUCAUCUUUCCAACCAAGCAGAAGAGUGGCAAAAGAGCGAGUUCAAAAACAUCAAGCCAGAUCUCAGGCCAACAAAAAGCCAACUCGCCCGCAGCCAUCACCCAUACCUCGACGUCUUGCCGUUUCCGACGUUUCGUGAAAGGGCAAUUGCUCUCAUCCAUACAGAUACUCCAGUCUUUGACGAAGAAGAGCUUUGUCGUGAUCUUCUAAACGACGCACUAAUAUGCUGGGGCUCUUCGCUAGGUGCGGGUGUAGGCAAUUCCGGGGCACCUUGGGACAUCCGCAGCUGGGAGGCACGCCCAUGGUUUUUGAAGAAGUGGUGGUUUUUAACUGGGGGCAUUGAAGGCGAACUAUACCAACAGACGCGUUGGUGGUGUGAGAUGCGGGGCGAUGACUCAGGAUAUGCGUGGUAGUUUACAUCAGAGAAUCCAGGCUAGUAUUAACAAAUUACAAAACUGUAUACCCCC